AUGUUUGCAGUUACGCGCAUAGCACUCAGAUGCAGUCGGCCGAGGCAGCUGCUGCUCCCGCUGCUGGUCAGGCCGCCGCCACGGACACCGAUGCUGUGUUUGAGUGGGCGGCGACGGCUACUUACUACCGAUAGGACUGCUCCUGAUGCUGGCGAUGCUGCCAAUGGCAGUGCUGCUGCUGCUGCGUCUACUGGUGAUUCUACGUCUACUGAUGAUUCUGCAUUGAGUGCUGCAGUCGGUGUUGGGAGCUCGGAUGUCGCUCACGGAAACUCUGAGAAGUUGGAUAUCGAUAUCGAGACUGGGAACUCAGACACCACCCCCGAGAACCUCCACAUUGCGCCUGAGAAGUCAGAUAUCACCCCCGAGAACUUACCGCCGACAAUUACAGCUAUUAAUACUGCUACCGGUGAUCCUGCUACCGUCACUAUACCCACCACGGAAGAAUCUACUGCUACCAGUACUGUCGCAGCAGAAGAAUCCGCUCCUUCUCCUCCUAGCACUGCUACUGCUACCAGUCCCACUGACCCUCCCCCCUUCGUCCCACCGCCAUUCUGUCCCGGCUGCGGCGCCCCCUCGCAACAAACAGCCCCCAACCUCCCGGGCUACUACCACCCCCGCCGCCCCAAAUCCGAGCGCUUCACCAGUCCCAAAAUCAAAACCCAGCGCAAGCACCGCGAAGAAGAAAUCUACCGCGCCGCCCUCGACCGCCUCGCCGCAGCCCUCGACUCCACAAACGCCGACCUCCACCAGACCCCACCCAUCCUCGACACGCUCCCCCCGCCGCCGCCGCCCCCGAGAAUCCCCCGCUGCGCACGAUGCCACAUGAUGCAGCACCACAGCACGGCGCCGCCUCUGCCCUCGUACCCGACGCUCGAGACGCUGACGGGCCUGCUGGCGGCAUCGAAGCACCGCCGCAACCACAUCUACCACCUCGUUGACGCGGCAGACCUGCCCAUGUCGCUGCAGCCGGACCUGCGCAACCACCUGUGGAGCAAUCUGCCACGGAGCGUGACCAAGGAGCUGACGAUAUCGUAUGUGGUGACGCGGGUGGACCUGCUGCUGCGGACGUGGCCGCAGGUGUCGAGCCUGAUGACGUGGAUGAAGAAGACGGUGAAGGAUGCGCUGCCGGAGGGCGAGCGGGUGGAGGGCCGACAUGGCGGCGAAAACGAGAAGUUCUGGGCGGUGUCGUCGAAGCGCGGGUGGGGGGUUGGAGACAUCAAGAGUGAUGCGAAGCACCGUGAGGGCGGGAUAUGGGUCGUUGGUGCGGUCAAUGUGGGUAAAUCAAGGCUGGUGAAGGAGGUGUGGCCGGAGGCCGGUAGAGCCGUCAUGGGCAGCAUGGAGGAGGCCGGGGAGUUCGAUAUCCUGCCCCCCGCCACCGCCGCAGGUGCAGAAGGGCUUGAGAACGAUCCCGACGCCCCGCCUGCCCCGAAGAAGAAGAAGAAGAAGGGGAAGGAACCUGCAGGACCCCCAGCCUCAGAGUCUUCGCACAUCGCCCCCACAAUCUCACACAUCCCCGGCACCACAGCGGCCCCCAUCCGUAUCGUCUACAAGACGGCCGGCCGAAACACCACCAGCGAGCUGAUCGACCUCCCCGGACUCGCACGAUGGGUCGGAUACGGCCCCACGGGGCUCCUCCCGUACAUCCGCCAGGACAAGCAGAAGCUCUUCCACAUGGAGAGCUACAUCAAGCCGCACCAGAUCACCAUCAAGCCCGGACAGAGCCUGGUGAUUGCGGGCGUGAUCAUGGUGACGCCCAGGAUCGAGGGAGACGACGAGUUGGUGGUGCUGGCGUAUCCGUUCCUCAGUCUGCCGGUGCACCUCACGUCGACGCAGAAGGCGAUCAGGAUAUUGGGUGAGCGCGAUCCGGAGGGGAGGAAGGGGCUGAAGCUGUACCAGAAGCCUGUUUUGGACGAGAUUAUGGUUGAGGGGACUACGAGGACCUCGGACACCGUGGAUGGGAUGGCCGCGGAUCCGGCGGAACCGGUCAUUGAUACCCAGGCCGUCGACGACAGCCUUUCGGGAGAAACCACCGAGAAAACAGACGACAUCGAAGAAGCAGCCCUCGACGAAGAAUACCGCUCCGAAGACGGCAUCCCCACCUCCAUCUCCACCGAAGACCCCGACACCACCGACGACGAAAAUCUCCCCCCCGCCGUCCUCCCCCCACAUAUCAAGUCCGCCGGCGUCUACCCGCUCUCCAACGAUGUGACCGGCGCGCGCGACCUGCACCUCGACUCGCGCUCCCCGGAGGCCCUCGCUGCGCUCCCCUACCGCAUUCUGUCCACCGACAUCCUCCUCUCCGGCCUCGGCUGGAUCGAGCUCGUUGCGCAGGUGCGGAAGCGGCGCGAGGAGGAGGGCGUGCUUAAGGUGGCCGUCGAGGUGUUUACGCCCAACGGCGAGGGCGUGGGGCAGAGGAAUACGAUGGGCGCAUACAUGAUGCGCGAGAAGGCGGCGCGGAAGGUGGGUGCGGGGCCGAAGAAGGUGGUGAGGCAGAGGGAGAGCAAGAAGGGGGAUAAGAAGAAGAAGAAGAAGGCGGAGAAGAGGAAGGGUCCUGGUGGUGGUGGUGAGGCGUGA